AUGCUCUACAGUUCCCGCUUUUCAGGCUGGGAGCCACCACUUGAUGCUACCGUAAUUGAACGAAGACGCGAGUACAUAUCCAACUUGCUCUUCGUCGUGAUGUCGUUUCUCGCACUCAUUGGCAUCUCACUUGCUUUCAUCUUUCUGUUUGUCAACAUCAGAUAUCGUAACCACAGGUUCAUCAAAAUGUCUUCACCAAAUUUGAACAAUCUGAUCAUUGUCGGUUCAAUGUGCACGUUCGCGUCGGUAAAAUCGUGGAACUUAUGUCUGGGCUUCACGCUCGCCUUUGGUGCAAUGUUUUCAAAGACAUGGCGAGUACAUUCAAUAUUCACAAACAUUAGAAUGGACAGAAAAGCAAUCAAGGAUUCGAAGCUUCUGCUGAUCUUGGCCGGCUUGCUGUUCGUCGACAUACUGGUGCUAACACUAUGGGCUGUCAUUUCUCCAUUCCGCAUGUCCGUCAUGGAGCUACCGCAACUGCACUUCGACGAUAGAGUUGUGAUACCGGAAAUCGAGAAGUGUGAGUCAAAUCACUCAGCAGUGUUCCAGGCAGUUUUAUAUGCUACUAAAGGAAUAUUGAUGCAAUGUCUCAGAUACUCGGUUGCUUCCUUGCUUGGGAACACAAGACACGUGAAUGUGCCGGCGUUGAACGACAGCAAAUACAUUGGAAUGAGUGUGUACAAUGUGGUUGUGAUGAGCAUCCUUGGCCUCUCCAUCAGCGUCAUUUUACAGGUGAACUCUAUUCGAGGAACGUGUAAACGAAGCGUUUGCGCUAACAUGUUUCUUCAUCAUAUUCUCAACAACCUUGACACUCUGCUUGGUUUUUGUACCCAAGAUGCGACAACGAAAAAAAUCUUCUGGCAAAAGCUGAAGCCGAUCAGCUCGUCGUCGUCACGUGCACCAGGUGUGUUUUGGCAACUUCAAAUAAUCCUC